CGAGUAGAAUAAAGCCCAAAUUCCUCUAGGGUGGGUGAGAGUGAGAGAGAAUAUCGUGAUUGUUCACCGGGUUGAAGCACCGAAUUGAAUAAUCUACUGCGCAGCACUAUGUUUGACGAUCAGGACCUGGGCUUUUUUGCCAAUUUUCUUGGUAUCUUUAUAUUUGUGCUGGUAAUUGCUUACCAUUACGUGAUGGCCGACCCCAAAUAUGAAGGCAAUUGAGGAUUUCAUUUUUGUUUGUGUGCAUAGAGAUUGCAUGUCACUUUUAUUGGCAUCGGCCUUUUUUCACAAAUGGAAGUAAUAUGCAGUUAGCGAUGUACGUGGGAUCAUGAAUAUCAUCUGACUGCUCUUAUUUAUGCAGACUCAUUUAAGACCCUUUAACCAAUUUAUUUUAUUUUAUUUUCUUUUUA